GCACAAGAGUCUCUUUUCUUAUUUGUUUUCCUAAGCUUAUAACUAGGAUAAAAGGAAUAGAGGAAGGCAAAAUAAUUAUCCCAAACUCAGAUCAUCUGUAAUGAGCUUCACAGUCGUCAAACCCUUUAUUCCUAGUCCUAGAUUGGAGUUGCACCCUUUCACUAAAUUAGUUAAACAACUUAGGCAUUGUUCAAGCUCAGCGUUUGGAAAUGCAGGCAGGAGGCACAAGAUUCAAGUUCAAAAAAAUUGUGUUUUUAGAGUGAAGGUACUCCCGGAUUGGCCAUUAAUGGCAGCAUUAAUUGAACAUAUAGAAGGUCAAAGAGACCUCAUAACUCACAAAUCUGCUUGGCAUCUUAGUGACGAAGCCAUGAAGUUUGUUUACACAUUUUACAACAUGUUCACUCUUUGGGGAUGCAGUUUCUUCGGUUCUACCAAGGAUCCCUACUAUGAUUAAGAACAAUAUAGAGGAGAUGGAGGUGAUGGUACUGGACAUUAGGUCUAUGAGAAGAUAUCUUUACAAGGCGUAAGGCUAGGAUUUUUGUCUAUCAAAAUGUAUAGAGAGUGACACUAUGAAUCCAAUUUUGUGGUGGUGCAUCAAGAAGACAUUGAAGAAAUAGCAAGAGUAGAGCUGUGGCACGAGGAACUGAUAGAGGAGAUUGAACAAAAGGUUGGGGGUCUUCGAGAGCUUGAAAAAGCUGGGAAGAAGGAACUACUGGUCAAAUGCUCAUCUCUAUGUAUAUAGCUUCAUGUGCUAAGAACAAACUUUAUGAUGCUUCCCAGUUAUGUAUUUACAAUAUGACUUCCAGUUCCAUAAUAUAGACAGAGAGAGAAUAUCCAACAAGAAAAUUAUGAUUUGUUCAUUUGCAACAUGGUUUGUUUUCCCUUCGGUGUUA